AUGGCUACCCCUCAAUCCGCUGAUCAGGACUACAAGACCAAUCUCCUUUCGCUGCUCAUAGCCAACAAUGCGCUUGCAUUUGGAACUUUCACAUUGAAGUCCGGUCGCGAGUCGCCGUACUUUUUGACCUCGAGUCGUCUCUAUACCGCCCCUCUGUUGCGCCAGGUUUCAGCCGCGUUCGCAAAUACUAUCUCUUCCCCGCCUUUUGUGAAUAUAGCUGCCGACGGCGCUAUCACCCCGAACUUCGACAUUGUUUUUGGUCCCGCCUACAAAGGAAUCCCAGAAUGCGUUGGUGUCGUCAACGAACUCGCUACCCGGGACGCGCUUGCCGGCACAAAGACAUGGGAUAACAUCAGCUACUCCUUCAACCGUAAAGAAACCAAAGACCACGGUGAGGGCGGUAAUAUCGUCGGAGCGCCCCUCAAGGGCAAGCGCGUUUUGAUCGUUGACGACGUCAUCACCGCUGGUACCGCGCUCCGUGAAGCUGUUGGAAUCAUUCAGAAGGAAGGUGGAGUCGUUGCUGGUGUUGUUUUGCUGUUUGAUCGCCAGGAAAGAGUCAGUGAUACCGAACAGAAGAGCGCUAUUGGAGCCGCGGAGAGGGAUCUUGGAGGAGAUAUUCCCAUCCGUGCGGUGUUGGUGCUCCAGGAUUUGAUUGAUAAGCUUGGAGAUAAGAUCGGCCAGGAGGAAGUGCGCAGGUUGGAAGAGUACCGAAACAAAUACAAGGCCCAGUAG